UUGGGAAUAGCACCACUGCUUCUGUUGUGCUUCUGGUCGAUGUGGUGAAAGCAUGUAGACUUCCAAUAUCAGAUGACAAUUUUGCGAGGAGUUAAGACAAAACAGCAGGGGUGAUGCUCUAGCUCAAGGACUAGGUCCCCCGUUGCAUAACUUUAGUGGAUGCUUCCCAGGACUAGGUUCCCCUUGAUUUAGCUAACGGACGUUUCCCUUUUAUAAACAACUGGAAUUCCAUGUUGGUGUUACUAGGUGUGUACACGUUCCUGUUGCGUGGAUGUACAUGUACUUAAUAAUUUCUUGUAUGCUAUUUCCCCAGGAGUAACCGGUAUCUUAGAAUUUAAAGCAAUGGGGAAUUGGUUUUAGGAACUAAAAUUUCUACGGAUUAGUGCAAUUUGUAGGGGAUCUAACAUUUUUCUGAAAGCGCCCCCUGGAUGAGAGGCCAUGAACGUGGACGGAGUUCUGAAGGAGGCGGGAGGAUAUGGGCGCUACCAGUCCUACAUGCUGAUACUGAUGGGGAUUUGUGUUCUGCCCUGCUCACUCUACGACUACUCAUUCGUCUUUAUAAGCGGGCUACAUCAAGAUUAUUGGUGCUACACAGAGGAACUACAGAAUGUCAGUCGAUGGGAGCAAUGGUGGCUGAGCAUACCGAAUUGGACAGACUUCAGGGACGUGGAACACCAUAGCAAAUGCAUGAAAUUCGCAGACAUGAACUUCUCCCAUGUCAAUUUUUCGAUAGUUUACGAUAGCUUCAAUCGGACUGCUUUAGAGGAACGUCACCAAAGGACUGCUGCGUGUGAUAAGUGGACGUUCGAUUUAAGUUCCUUCAAUCACACGCUUCUAACUGAGUAUGCUCUUACGUGCGACAAACAGUACAUCCUGGUGCUGAUAGACCGUCUCUACAUAUUCGGUCAAAUGGUAGGCGGGCUCACAUUUGGCCUUUUCGCAGACAAAUUCGGUCGCCAGAAGGCGCUGGUGAGCGCCCUGGGGUUCAGAGCCUUAGCUGGUAAUAUAGCGACCAUAUUAUGCAAAUUUAGUAAUCUUCAUGGUUUCAUCAUCUUCCGCUUCCUGACUGGCGCUGGUGUCAGUGCCGUCUACGUCACAGUUUACAUUUUGUGUCUUGAAAUCCGUCCCUCAAGGUACCUGCCGUCUAAGGGAGGGAUCAGCAUUCAUUCCUACUAUGCGAUAGGGACAAUUGUCUUCACAUCAGUAUGCUACAUGGUACAGGAUCACUUCACUGUUCAACUGUUAGCUGGGAUCGCCACUAUACCACCGUUAUUCCUGUGCUGGAUUUUCCCGGAGUCACCCCGGUGGAUGGACGUGAAACGAAAAUACGACGGGUUUAGCAACCUCAUAGAGAAGAUAGCCAGAUUUAACAAGAGGUCGGUUAGAGAGGAAGAUCUUGUUUUGGCAACAGAGGGUAGUAUUCUCGAGAACAACGUCAUGGCCAACCUUAAAGUCCGACAACUCUUCCGUUCAAAAACACUCAAACGGAUUACGGGAUUCUCCACCUUCAUUUUUUUUGCCAUUGGCAUGUGCCACGAAAACAUCUUCCAGCGAAACUUCAUGAUGCCGCACGGUAUUUUUCUCUCGAUGGCCCUGGACGGGGUGGUGCACUAUAUGAGCCUCUUCAUCACUACUGCCCUCAUGAAUCCGAACAGCGUCAAGAAGCGAUGGACUCUAUGCUGGAGCCUAACUUUAGGAUCCACCGGGCUUUUACUGCUGGUACCUUUUAUGAGGAAAACGGCGGGUUUUGAUGCAUUCAACAAGGCCAUCCUCGAAGCCUGCCGCGUCUGUACAUUCGUCUCCUUCACCUCUGUGUUCCUUUCCAUGACAUUGCUUUUCCCGACGGCCCUGAGGGGCACCGGGCUCGGCCUCAGUCUACUGUGCUUCGGCUGUGGGAGGAUACUGACGAUGGAGUUGAUGCAACUGGAGGACUACUAUUCUGCGCACGGGGCUUCCUACUUCCCAUCGCUAACCACCUCGCUCUUCGUUCUCGGAGCAGCUCUCACCCAUUCUUUCUUGCCAGAAAAUCUCAACUUUAGAAAAUUUCCGGACACCAUCGCUGAUUGCAGGAUACUUAUUACAAGCCCCGAUCAAAACAACGACAACUGGCCAGACGACACCACGCUCACACCAAAGAACCGCGAGGACACAGCGUCAACAUGUGCGUCAUCAGAUCACAUGACCAAACACAGGCCAAGUUCGACUGCCCUCAGCGAAAGCGAUGAAGUCCGAGUGACGGCAGUUUAGGAAGUAACGACAACAACGAAUUACGUUUUAUCGACAUAUCUUAUUCAUUACGCAACUACCUGCAUUUUAACUUCGACAGGGUA